UGAAUGCCAGCGUUAAAAACAUUUUGACAAGAGACAGUAGGAUUCGGACAUUCUCGCCUAUUUUAUCUGUUUUGCGAGGAUUUGCGGGGUUUUGGAAGAUGUGAAAGAAGAACAGAGGGCUGCUGUUUUCUGCUUGAUUUUAAACCCUUACAAAUACAAUGGAAGGCUGUGGUGGGAGUGAAACUUCCAGCUAUGCAAAACAAAAAAGUGAAAGUCUGGCAGGAGAAAGAACUGGGAAUGAUGAAGACUCCAGUGUCAAGGAAGUACCUGCUGUAGAUGUAGAAAGCAGUGAAAGAAAUGUGCCUGAUAGAGAUCACACUGUAUCAUCUCUGUCAGAAAUCAUAACUCUGGACUCCACAGCAGAUUCAAGUGUUAUUACACUAGAUAAUAGCAGCUGUGCAGAUUCUUCAAGUAUGAAAACUGAUGUGGAGAACAAAAGCAGUGAUGUUGCAACUGCAAGUGAUGUGAUAUCUCUUGACUCAACUGCUAAUAGCAGUGUGGAAGAAGUUCAGUUCAUCACACAAGCAGAUUCCUCAAGCAUGGAAAGUGAUGUACAGGACAAAAACAAUGAUGCUGUUGCAUCUGCAAGUGGCGGGAUCACUCUUGACUCAACUGCUAAUAGCUGUGCGGAGGAAGUUCAGCUAAUCACACAAGCAGGUACUUCUGGUAUAAAUGAAUGCAUGCAAGACACAAACUCAACAAAAGAUACAUCCUCAAAUAACAUUAUCACUCUUGACACAACUGCAAAUAGUAGUGUGGAAGAUAUCCAAGAGAUUACACAAGCAGAUUCCUCUGGUAUGAAAGAAGACAUGCAAAACACAAGCAAAGGUGUUACUGCAUCCUCAAGCAGCAUGUUUACACUUGAUUCAACUGUAGAUAGCAGUAUAGAAGAAAUUCAAGGGAUAGCAGAUGUAGAUUCCUCAAGCAGAAAAGGGGACAUGCAGGGCACAGACAAUGAUAUUGCAGGGUCACCAAAUGGCAUGUUUACUAUUGACGCAACUGCCGAUGACAUCGUGGAAGACAUACAAGAGGAAGAGGUUACUAUGCCAGAAGGAAUAAGUCUUGACAUGGAGGGUGAUGAAGAAGAGUGCUCAGUAGGUCCUGUGUCCAGGCUAGAUAUUGUCCCUUCAUAUGAUGCUAGUUUUACCGGAAUCCUCACUGAUGUAGAAUAUAACAUGGAAACUGGGAAGAAAAUCAAUGAUGCCUUGCCUAAGAUGUGCUGUUUCAAUUGUCUUGGAGACCACAAUGUCAGUGAUUGUCCAAAGCCUCAAGAUAUGCAGAGGAUUGCUGCUAACAGAAAGAAACACAAUGUCACGAGAGUGCCAAAUGUGAGGUAUCAUGAAGAUGGGGAAAAUAAAUUUGGGCACUUCCAGCCUGGGAAGUUGAGUGAAAACCUUCGUUAUGCCUUAGGGCUGCGGCCAAAUCAGCUACCCAUUUUUGUAUACCGGAUGCGGGUGCUUGGCUAUCCCCCAGGAUGGCUAAGGGAUGCUGAAGUCCAUCAGGCAGACAUGAAGCUAUAUGAUGCCACAGGGAAGUCUGUAUCACACCCAGACUUAGAAGACGGAGAGACAGACCCAGUUCUCGUAAAAUACAAACCAGAGAAACUAGUUAGCUUUCCAGGAUUUAAUGAUGCAAUGCCUCAUAGAACCAGAGAGGAAGGGCACCUUUACAACUGCCCUCCCAUGCAGCCUUAUCACCAACGCACAGAGUUUCUAAAGUACAUGAACAUGAACAGAGCCCAGGCUUACAAGAAGAAGAAACUAAAAUCUAGCAGCUUAAAAGGCAAUAAUACAAGUGAGGCUGAUGCUGUACUUGCAGCAGAAAUGGAAGUUGAUGACUCAGAGUUAAAUAGAUCUGCCCACAUAGAGUUCAACCCUCCACUUCCCAGUGAGCCUCUGCCACCACCACCUCCAGAUGAUCUUCCAGAACCGCCUCCUCCGCCUCCAGAGGAAAAGGACAUGGAAGAAGGUGAAAUUAGUGAAGAUUCACAAGCAUCCUUAGGAGAUCUGGAGGAGAAGAGACUCAAGAUCCUUAGAGAACUGGAGGAUGCUGCAUCACAAGGUGCAACAGACGAACAAAAAUCAAAGAAAGAAGAAAAUCCCACACCAACGAAAGACAGGAGCAGCAAAACAGACGUCAAGAGUGAAGCCGCUGAAACUUCUGAGGAAAGUAGAACAUCCAAUAGGAUGUCCAGCGACCCAAGUGAAUCUGAGAAUUCCUUGAGCAGCGACACACUGGAAAGUGCCAGUAAGAAAAUGAAACAGCAUCACCGGUCACAUUCAAAGGGCUUCAAACUAGGUGCUGCCAUUCCUGAAUCUUGUACACCUUUCACAGCUCUUCCAAGUGCAGAUUUAUGGAAAGUGGAUGUCAGUGAUCACAUAAACUUUGAUAACUUGCCCGAUGCUCUUGGGACUUGGGAUAAAAUGAAGGGUCUCAUGAACAAUAUCAGGAAAAGAGUAAGGGAAUUGCAAGCAGAGGAAGAUGAGUAACAAUUUAUUUUAAUUUAUUAUUAUAAUAUUUUUUUUUAGAUGAUGGUAAAUUCUUGAGGGAAAAUAAUUCACAUUUGAUUUCCAUAUAUAGAAGUUGAAUUUAUUUUGUGCUGUUUCUCACAAGAAGGAAAAUGGGUUGCAGCUACACAGAAAAAGUGUAGGUGAAAUCUUCCUUCAUAUGAGAGUGGGAUAACCAAAAACUCUAGCUUCAUGCAAGCUAGCAUGUUAAGUCAACACAUAGAAAUGUCCAAUUGAUAUUUUACAGUUUUAAAAAAUAAAAUCCUCUUUUCUUCA